AUGUUAUCGUUCUAUCUAUUAUUAAUAUUUUAUCUUAUUCAAUAUUCUUUAACUGAUCAAUGUCCAUCAAUAAAAUCUUGUAUAUGUUCAUCAGAUUUAACAAUAAUAUCAUGUAUAAAUCAUCAAUUAACUGAUGAUUUCUUUCCUAAUCUUGAUAUACAAUUUCCUCAAUCAACUACAAUUUUAAAUCUUUCAUUAAAUUCUUUUACAUCAAUAAAUUCUUUAACUAAUUUAAAUAAUCUUCAAAUACUUGAUCUAUCCUAUAACAAAUUAAAUUCAUUACCAUCAAAUUUAUUUUCAAAAUUUCCACAAUUAUCAUCAUUAUAUCUUCAAAAUAAUUCAUUAACAACAAUACCGAAAACAUUCAAUGAAAUAUCUAAUAUUAAUCUUGAUCUAUCAAAUAAUCCAUUAAAUUGUACAUGUCAAUUAAAAUGGAUCAUUAAAUGGUUUGAAACAAUAAAUCUCCGAAAGAAAAUCAAUUGUCCUGAAAAAGAUUUUUGUUUAAAUAAAAAAAAUUUUCUUACAAUUACACCUGAACAAUCACAAGUCGUCUAUGAAAAUGAUUCAUUUACGUUAAAUUGUUUAUCGAAUACAAAAACUUUUUGGACAUUUAAUCAUCAAUAUUAUUCAUCGAAUUCAACAAUAUUUAUACUAUUUUUACAAUUAAAUCAUUCGGGUUUAUAUACAUGUCAUAGUUUAAAUCAAAAUCGUUCAAUAUCAUUACAUGUUUUAAAUCUUCAAUUAAAUCAUUUUUGUCAAUCAAUACAAAUGGAUACAUCAAAAGGAUAUUUUUAUUGGCCACGAACAUUAACUGGUCAAAAAAUACAAUUAAAAUGUCCAUUUGGUUCAGCAGCAUGGUAUGAUAAUUUUGCUCAAGCAUCAUAUAUAUGUUCAAUAAAUCGACAAUGGAUGGAUUUAGAUUUAUCACAAUGUGCAUUUCGUACAAAUAUAUCUAGAGAAUUUGAUCGUUUAUUAUCGAAAAAUCAAACGAAUAUCUUAGCUAAAUUAGUAACAUAUGUAUCGAAACAAAAUUUACAGGAUAUUCAAUUUGAUGAUAUUAUUUUUUUAAUUGAUUUAAUCGAUGAAGAACAAAAUAAAACAUUAUAUACAAGAAAAAAUAUUGAAGAAAUUUCAAUGUUAAUUUAUCGUUUAACAGAUUUUAUUUUACAAAUUCAACAAGAUUUUAUACAAAUAAAACAAUAUCAAUUAGCAUUAAAUAGAUUAAGAUUUAUAUUAGAAGAAUUAUUAUAUCGAACAAAUCAUUCAUGGGUUUAUGUUGGGAAACAAUUAACAGCUAUGACAUUAGAAUCACCAUUACCACCAACAAUAUGUUUUAUACCAAAUCGACCUUUAUUAACAAUUAUUUGUGGAAUUAUUAAUCGACAUUUUAAACGUCAUGAGUCAAAAUUAGCAACAAUCGAAUUUCCAUUACCAGCAAAUACAAGUCAUAAUCAAUCAUCAACAUUUAAGAUAAUAUUCUAUCGACAAGCAACAUUAUUUACAACGAAUAUGAAAAUAAAUAAUAAUCCUGUUAUUUAUUUAAAACCAGCAUCAAUUGGAAUAUGGAAUACAGAUAAAACAGCUUGGCAAAUGAAAUCAUCUACUUGUAAAAUUGAUCAACAAAAUAUUGAUUUAAUUUCAACUGAUUGUAUUUUAACUGAAAAUACUUCUUUAUCAAUAACAUAUUUAAAUAAUUUCGAUGGCAAUAAAAGUUUAUUUUUAAAUACAAAUUAUUUAGAAUUAGCUAUAUAUGUUUCAUCAAUCAUAGCAUCAAUUUGCUUUUUUAUUUGUAUAUUUUUUUAUAUUUGCUGUCAUAAAGUUUAUUUAAUGCCAAGAAGUUUUUUUCAUUGUUUAAUUAAUUAUUGGCUUAGUUUAGCUAUUUUAUUACCAUUAUUUGCUUUUGGUAUACGACAAAGUCAAUAUUUAUUUUUUUGUCAAUUUAUUGCCAUUACUCUUCAUUAUCUUUGUUUAACAACAAUACUUUGGUUAACAUUAUUAGCAUAUUGUAUUUGGCAAAAAUUAUAUUAUAUAUGGUCAGGUAAAGGUCAUGAAGAUGAUGAUGAAAUGAAUGAUAAUCCAAAGAGAAAAUCUUCCGUAACUAUUGUUGAUUAUGAUGAUGAUGGUUUACCAAUAAUGAAAUUAAAAGCAAAACCAAUCAUACAAUUUUAUUUACUAGCAUAUGGUAUAUCAUUUAUUAUUUGUGGAAUUAACGUCGCUAUAUCACGUGAUCAAUAUAUAACAAAUAAAAUUUGUUUUCUAAAUAAUUUCGAAUCACUUCUUGCUUUAUUUAUUCCAAUUGCAAUCUUUAUCUUCCUUUUACUUAUAUUUGUAUUGGCUGCUCGUAUUAAUCUAAAACGUUUAACUAAAGAAGCAAUACGUUUACGUAAUAUACCAGAUGAAACAGAAAUUGAACCAGAAACAACUAAUGAUAAUGAUAAUGAUGAAAAUAAUUUAUCAUCAAAACCAAAUGAAACAUUACCAAUUAUAAUUCCAUCAAAUAAUCUUAAUAUUGAACAAGGAUUAGCACAUAUGGAUUGUCGUCAAUCACAUUUAGAUAGUUUAUGUUCAUCCGAUAUGGAUCAUCAACAUCAACCAUCAAAUCAAUUAAUAUCGAUAUUAUUUCAAUUAUUUCUACUGAUUUUUAUUUUUCUAUCAUGUAUAGCAAUUUAUAUACAUCCAUUACAAUCCUAUAAUAUACCAUUUGAACAUUCAAUUUAUAAUCAUUUAUAUGGAAUAUUUGUUUUAUUAUUAGCAUUUUAUACAUUGGCAUUUUAUAUCUUAACACGUUCUGAUUUAACAAUGCAUUGUCAAUAUUAUAAUUGUUGUCCAAAUCGAAAGAAAAAACGUUUAUUAAAUCAAUCAUAUAGUGAACCACCACCGCCACCGCAAACACCUCAAUUAUCACCAUCACAUCCAAUGAUAAUAUCAUCAAAAGAAAAUGAUGAUGAAAAAAUCAUAUUAAAUCAAAAUUUAAGUGGUGAUGAAUCAUUUACAGAACAAAUACCACCGCCAUCGCCACCACAUUCACAUUAUUCAUCAAGUCUAUAUCAAAGUCAAUUAACACAAAAUAAUGAAAUAGCAGCAUUAACAAAUGGUCAGACAUUUGGUUCAAAACAUCAAGCAACUAUUGCAUCAAAAUAUUAUGCACGUCAUCGACAUAUACUUAAAACAAAUACAUCAAGUAGUGAAAUAAGUUUACAACAAAAUGAAUCAAUUCCUCAUUCAACAUUAAAUGCUAUUCAACAAGAAUCUCCUACAUAUAUUGAUAAGCAACAAAUACAAUCGAAUCCACAUUAUGCAACCUCACCUAAAAAUUUAAUUCAUAGUCCAAAAAUGUCUCCUUUAAUUCAAAAUGGCAAUACACGAUAUAAUUUACCAUCUGUUGCAUCUCCUCGUACAUUCAUUCGUCCAACUACAUUAUCUCUUUCACCUCGUCCACAAUUAUCUCCAUCACAAGCAAUUAUUCGUCCAUUACCAAUUAUACGUCUUUCGUCUCCAAAUAUUAAUAAAAUAUAUUCAAAUCCUUCAUCAACAAUGACAACACCAACAACAACAACAUCAAAUGGUCGAAUAAGUCCAGUUGCUGAACAAAAUAGUGGUGGUCGUAAUUCCUAUCGUGUUAUGCCAUCACCAUCAACUGAAGAACGUCAAGCAACUUAUGUUUAUUUAAAUAAAAAUUCUCAUCUAAUUCAACAAGAAUCUUCAACAAAAGAAAAACCAUCUAUUUGGAAAAAACCAGUUAAUGGUCAUCUUCCACAUGUUGCAUAUAUUGAUGAAGAUGAUGAAGGUAGUGUUUCACUUAAAUCAUCUACAUGUGAUACAGCAACAUCAUCAAAUACAACAUCACCUAUAAUAUCACGAAAAGAUCGUUCACGAACAUUAUCAUCAUCAUCAUCUUCAUCAUCAUCAUCAACAUAUUCUCAUGAUUAUCCAAAUGGUCCUAUUGAUACAAAUCAGAUAAUACUUCAUGAAAGUAGUGUGUAA